CCGUGUGAUACGUGGCACAAGGAGAUUGGUUUCUCUGAAGCGAGACUUUGCAAAAUAUUUUCCUUUCCCUUGAUGGAAUUUGAGAGUUGAGACGACGGCGAGGAGGGAGGAGGAUUAACGUUAAUUUCUUCAAUUAAGAAAAACGUCGACAGGGAGUUUCUGUCUAAUACUAUUUUGGGCUUUUAGGGUUCUAAUAACUAUAACUGUUCGAUCACUGCUUCUUCAAAUUUUCCCGCGAAAAAUGGAUCAUGAAGCGCAACGAAGCUCUUCAAGCCCCUCUGCGAUUCUCGCUUCUCUUCUUAACAAGAGAGCCAAGUUUCACAAGGAGCUUCGAAACAUAGAAAAACAGGUAUAUGAUAUGGAGACAAAUUAUUUGCAGGAUCCAAGCCAGUGUGGCAAUGUAUUGAAAGGUUUCGAAGGGUUCCUAUCUUCAUCUAAGAACACUGCACUCUUGAAGCGGUCUAGGAAAUUCCAGCCUGAAGAUAGGCUUUUUUCAUUAUCUUCAGUCACCUCAUUAGCAGCUGAAGAGCAAGCAGUUGGACGAGAUGGUAGAUGGGACAUCAGAUUAUGGUGUAGUUCGUCCUAAGGGUGGAGGAAUAUAUGCAAAUGGGCAAGGAAAACCAAAGAAGGGAAGAGGUGGACCAAGAGAAGCUAAGAGAAUCAGGCCUUCAGCUGAUCCAGAUUUUGACUUUGAUGACUAUCCUGAUUUGACACUCUGAAAUCUCUCUUGCCAGAUGCUAUGGUGGUUGGCCUUUGUAUGAUCAAGAGCCUAAAGGCAGAACUUCUUUUCUUACAUCCCCCCACCCCCAACUUCCCUCUUUCCCUUUCUUUUCUUUUCCUUUUCUGCUAUUAUUAUUUGUCUUCUUUUGAGCAUUGUUCAAGCAAACAGAGCUCCUGACAAAGUUAAUUUACGAUGCUAAUAUGAGGAAUGAUCAGUUACUUCUCUUUGUUUGAGAAAAAGAACUCAAUAUGAUCAUGUUUCCUGCAGAUAGCUUAUUUAUGUUGUCUCAAAUAGUUUCCUAAGGGGAAGGGUCUCAGUAAGACUACCAAGAGUAGCAGGCUGGCUGAGCUUGCUUUGUGCAAAAGCCUUGUUUAAUGUAAUUAUUUUGCUCUCA